AUGUGCAAAAGGCGGUUUUGUGAGUUUUUUUUUCUUUAUUUACAGGGUAGUUUUGGACCAGUUGGACCCCCUGGUCCUCCUGGUAAACAAGGAUUUCAAGGACCAGAAGGAUUAUUAGGACCUAAAGGUGUUUCUGGUGAACCUGGACCUGUUGGUGGUCGUGGUGAAAAAGGAGCUCGGGGUGAACCUGGUUUCCCUGGUAAUUCUGGUCUACCUGGUUUGGAAGGUUCCCCUGGUAUUUCUGGUCCCAAGGGUCAAAAAGGUGAACCUGCUCGAGAUGGUGAUCUUGGUGACAAAGGUCCCCCUGGUCCACCUGGUCCCCCUGGAGGUGAACCUGGUACUUCUGGUCCCUCUGGUUAUGAUGGUCCUCCUGGAUUACAGGUAAGCAUUUCAUUCAGCUUAUGA